CUGAUCGAAGCCGUUCAGCGCAGCCCCCCGAGGGAAGGCAGGGGGGAGGCCGCCGAGGCCGCGGGGGCUUCUCACUGUUCGGCCCGGAGGAGUCUGAACUGGCGGGGGGACAUCGGAAUAGUCGGAACCGGGAGCAGGUGGUGAUCAUGGAGACCGAUGUGCACGCGAAGAGAGCCCUGUCUACCCAGGAUUCUCCCCUUUCCGAAGGGCAGAGCACAGAAGAGGGGGAAGUGGCAGCUUUGCGCCUCACAGCUAGAUCCCAGGCAUCAGUGACAUUCAAGGAUGUGGCCAUGGACUUUACCCCAGAGGAGUGGGGGAACCUGGAUCCUGCACAGAGGGAGGUGAUGCUGGAGAACUACCGGAACCUGGUGUCGCUCUGGCUUCCAGUUUCCAAGCCUGAGAACUACAGUUUGGAGAACGGGAAAGAACCUCUGAUGCUUGAGAGAAAAGCUCCCAAAAGCAGCUGUUCAGACCUGGAGGCCAAACCUGAGGGCAAAGAUUCAACUUCAGCGCAAGAUAUUUCCAAAGAAGAAUCAUGCCAAGCUGCAGUAAUAGACAGACUGGCAGGGAAUGGUGUCUGUGACUCCGGCUCAGAAACAGCUGUUGAAUGUGAAAAUUGGGUAGAGAGUCCGCAAGGAAAUCAGGAGAGACACUUGAGAGAAAUGUUCACCCAUGUGAACUCACUCCCUGAAGAAGGAGCUCAUGAGCAUGACGUAUAUUGGAAAAACUUUAGUCAGAAGUCUGUUCUUCUCACUCAAGACAGAGUUCCCAAAGGACCCUAUCCCUUCCAUACACUUGAGAAAAGGUUGAAACCGAAAUCAAACUUAAUGAAAAAGCAAAGAACCUGUAAAGAGAAAAAGCCUCAUAAAUGUAACGAUUGCGGUGAGCUCUUCACUUAUCAUUCAGUGCUGAUUCGGCACCAGAGAGUCCAUACUGGAGAGAAACCCUACAGCUGCAGUGAAUGUGGGAAAUCUUUUAGCCACAGAGCUAAUUUAACUAAACAUCAGAGGACUCAUACCAGAAUUCUCUUUGAAUGCAGUGAAUGCAAGAAGGCCUUCACAGAAAGCUCCUCCCUUGCAAUACAUCAGAGAAUUCAUAUUGGGGAGAGACCGUAUGAAUGCAAUGAGUGUGGAAAAGGUUUUAAUCGAAGUACACAUCUUGUACAACAUCAGUUGAUUCAUACUGGAGUGAAGCCGUAUGAAUGCAAUGAGUGUGAUAAAGCCUUCAUUCAUUCAUCAGCUCUUAUUAAACAUCAAAGAACUCAUACUGGAGAGAAACCCUACAAAUGUCAGGAAUGUGGGAAAGCCUUUAGCCAUUGCUCAUCCCUUACUAAGCAUCAGAGAGUUCAUACUGGAGAAAAGCCAUACGAAUGUAGCGAAUGUGGAAAAACCUUCAGUCAGAGCACACAUCUUGUUCAGCAUCAGAGAAUCCACACUGGAGAGAAACCCUAUGAGUGUAACGAAUGUGGGAAAACCUUCAGCCGGAGCUCAAAUUUUGCUAAACAUCAAAGAAUUCAUAUUGGAAAGAAACCAUACAAAUGUAAUGAAUGUGGGAAAGCCUUCAUUCACUCGUCAGCUCUCAUUCAACACCAGAGAACUCAUACUGGAGAGAAGCCUUACAGAUGUGACGAAUGUGGGAAAAGCUUUAAGUGCAGUUCGUCCCUCAUCAGACAUCAAAGAAUUCACACUGAAGAGCAACUCUGAAAGAUUAGUGAAUGUGAAGAGAUGUAAGUUGGUUUUAUCACUGUGUUAAAUACCUGAGCAUUUUGGUGGAAUACCCAUAAAAUGCUGCUGAAGGACCAAUGUGUACGCAUCUGAUUUUACUUGCAUAAUACAUAGUUUUGAGCCAUAAACAGAAGGUUCGUUCUGUCCAUUGAUUUAAUCAGUGUGAAAGCUUCUAGCCAAGGAUCUCAAAUUUUGACCCUAUCCCCCACCCCCCACCACUACCAAAUACUCUUUCAUGGAAAUUCAAGAAAUCCUUGUGAGUGGAUAGUAAUAUAAUCAUCGUAAGAUCUGGGUCCUCCCUCUUUGUCACAUCGAAGCCCUCUUAUAGCUUCUCAUUCUGAAUGGAAAUUCUUAAUUCGAUAACUUGGGCAGAGGACCCAUAUCUUUAUCAUCAGGAAGACACAGAGUGAGUGGUUCCUCUUUGGAUCCAAAGUAGAUCUCCACAUAUACAGGUGGUGUCAUUUCUCCAGAGAGGGUAAUUUCUUUUACAUUAGCUAUAAAACUUAAAGGUUAAAAGUCGAAACAUGCUUUGGAUCCUCUCCUUUCCCCAAAGGCUACUGUCUCAUUGGAUGCACGUAAAUAAAAUGUAUUUACAGGAGGUUUUAAGUCACAUUCACCUAAGAUUAUGCUGGUCAUCGGUUUAGAGAAUUGUGAGCCCUCUGCUGUGUAGAUCUUUUCCUACUUCCUUGGAAUUACCCUGAAGUUGAGAAUGGGUCAACAUCUUAACUGUAGUUUUCAGUCAAAUGCCUCUUUUCUCAUCCUUGGCAUUGAAGGAAUCCUUGUUUGUUUGGUUGUUUGUUUGUUUUAUAAUCAAUUGGAGAUUUCAUUUCUUUACAUCAUUUUGCUUUCUGUAAUCUAUGCUUGGUCACAUUGAGGAAAAAGCCCCCCAGGUGUCAAGGGUCUGAGAAGUUGAUGAGUUCAAUGUGUUACUAUAUUUAGGGUCCCAGUCAAGAAGAAUCACUGAAACAACUGUGAGACACAGCACACAACUUCCUGUCAGAUACGGAAAAUAGUUCAGAGAAUUGUGACUCACUGGAGGAUAAGCAUCUUCCCUCCAUGAAGAAGAGGUUGCCAUUUCUCUGGCUCUUAAAUCUAUCCACAUUUUUUGUUAUUACUGCUCUCCCUAAGUGUGUUUUGGUCUUUGCUAUAUCCCAGAGCCAUAAAGAAGGUAGAAAAGACCUGAAACCACAACGAUGACUUGACAUGUUACAUGGGUGACCAAAAGCCAGCGGCGGGAUUGGAAAAGCAAAAGUUCAAAUAAAUAUAUAGCCAAACGCUAUGCAAAUGUCAGUUUUUAUUGUUACUCUAUUGUAUGAAAAGAUUGUAGAAAAGGUAGAAGGAAAAUAGUUACAGAUUUCUUCUCUCUUCACCUAACUUCUGUCCUUUAUGAGCAUUUCGGCAACCGGUCCGUGCUCUUGCCUUCUCCACCCUAUCCUUGUUAUUUCUUACACUCCCUUCUCUGUAAACCUUAGUUGUAUUAUUGAGGAAAAGUAGAGGAAUAGAUUUUAAAGAAGUGGUAGUGGAGAGCAAACAAGAUUCAUAAGGAUGAAGGAGUUAAAUCCAGCAGCGAUGAAAAUCAAAACAAUAGGAGAUGGGACUGAAAGGGCUGGAAAGAGGUUUGGGAAAGAACAAAAGACCCAUUGAGAAGGUGGAGGGAAGGCUCAAGGUCUAAGAGGUCAGAGUAGGAGGCUGACACAGGAACUAGGGAAAGGCACUUAAUCCUUUUCACCGCCUCAAUACUCCAUGUUCACGGAACAGACUAUGGCCUGGACCCAUGGACCAAGUCCAGCCUUCUGGCCUGUUUCUCUAAACACAAGGCUUAGUUGGAUCUUGACCGCACCCAUUCAUUUACGUUUCUUGGUGCUACAACGGUAGAGUCAAGUAGUUGCCGUAGAGAUUGUAUGUCCCCACAAGCCUAAAGUACCUGAAUUUCUCAUUAUGCCCAACACUUGAGUGAAAAUAAAGUCAUCGUUUGGGGGCCAAAAUGUGACUAACAAAGUAAGAUCCAUGUGGGCUUUUCAAAGUUGGGUUUGAAUUCUACCACCUCCACUUAGCUUUUAUGUGACACUACUGCCUCUGAGUCUCAGUGUCUUUAUCAGUAAAAACGGGAAUAAGUCCUUCUUCUCUCCUAAGGUGGUGAGGAUUAGAUAAGAAUGCAUGUAAAAGAGCCGGCACAUGAUAGAUUAUGUAGAAAGCUUCUAUGUGUAUGUGUAUAUGUAUAUGUUCGUAAAUAUAUACAUAUAUAUACAUAUUUUAACGAAGCAUCUGUCCAUUUGGGCUGCUACAACAAAAUAACUCAGACUGAGUGGCUUACAAACAUUCUCACAGUCCUAGAGACUGGCAAGUUCAAGAUCAAGGCCUCAGCCCAUUCAGUGUCCAGUGAGGGUCUCCUUCCUGGUUCAGGGACAACCAUCUUUUUCUUGGUAAAAGGGCAAGGGGGCUCUCUGGGGCCUCUUUUAUAAGGGCAGUAAUCCUAUUAUAAGAAUUGAGCCCUCAUGACCUACUCACCUUCCAAAGACCGCUCCUCCUAAUACUAUCACUCAGGGGAUUAGAUUUCAAGAUAAAUAGGGAGAUAAAAACUCAGUCUAUAUCGUAAGUGGCUAAACAUGGAUCAAGUAGAAAUUAUUUAAGAAUGAAUGUAUCUUACACCUCUUGUUUACCAGUCAAUAACUGUGACCAUCCUACUAUCUAGCUCAUCAUAGAGAAGGGGCUUCUCUUUCUGCUCUUGCCUCCAUCCGGUGCUGCUUCCUAAGAGCCUCCCUGAGACCUUGGGGAGUCUACGUUUUUCCCUUCAGAGUACCACGUAACCAGGAACGAUCUGACAGUUCCAAAGACUCAAGUUUGUAAUCUUUUCAGUUUCAGUAGCAUUAAGAAAUUUGCUCUGAGUUAGUUUUACUGAGAACUCUGACCCUUUACAUUUCAGUAUUUGUUCUGUUUAUGCUCAAUGUUCGAUCUAUGUGUUUGUACUCCAACGUGAUUCUUGGAAGUGUUGAUGUUCCACUUUUCCAGUGUUUUGGGUUACCUAUAAAACCAAAUUUGACUGCUCUUACUGGUCCACUGUCAAUAAAGAUGUUGUUUAUA